AUGAUAAUGCUUAGUUGCUUGCCUGAGUGUGAUGAGGAAGAUGAGUCAAACAGAAAUCAACCAGAGUCUGUCACUGAAGAGAAACCUAAGGAGAAGGAGAGCUUCUUCUUGUCUUGGUAUAAACACCACUUGAGGAACUUUUAUCAGGCUUUUAAGUUUCCCAAGGGAUCUUCUCAUGUGAAACCAGAUGAUGAUGAUGGCCUUGAGAGGAAUCCCAUGCAGAGUAAAGAGGAAGCAACAAUAAUAGUACAGCAAGCAAUUAUUAUACCUGAAAUAUCAGAUCCCUCUUUACUUUUAACGGAGCAGUGCAGACGUUCCCUUUAUACUUCACUUCCUGCUCUUGUUCAAGGCAGGAAAUGGGUUUUGCUCUAUAGUACAUGGAGGCACGGUAUAUCACUAUCAACGCUGUAUAGGAAAAGCCUCCUCUGGCCUGGUCUCAGUUUACUGGUUGUUGGAGACAGAAAAGGUUCGGUGUUUGGUGGUCUUGUGGAGGCACCUUUGCUACCAACUGAUAAUAAGUAUCAGGGAACCAACAGUACAUUUGUUUUCUCUGAUAAGUCUGGACAACCAACUAUAUACCGUCCCACAGGAGCAAAUAGGUUUUACACUUUAUGCUCCAAAGACUUUCUAGCUCUCGGUGGUGGUGGACGGUUUGCUCUCUAUCUAGAUAGUGAGCUGCUACACGGAUCAAGUGCGUGUUCAGAGACAUACGGGAACUCUUGUCUUGCAAACUCUCAGGACUUUGAUGUUAAGGAAGUUGAGUUAUGGGGAUUUGUGUAUGGCUCAAAGUACGAUGAGAUUCUAGCUCUCAGCAGAACAACCGAGUCUAUUUGCAGGUGGUCAUGAUACUGGCGAAACAAGUGCAGUUAUCUUUUGUAAUGUUGCUUUUCUUUGUUUUAUAAGUGGGUUUAAGACUCAAUUUUGAAUGCGUCAAGAUUUUCAACUAUGUCUCUCCUUGUUUGCUGUGUUCAUCUUCUUGAAUUUUUCAAUUUCUUUGUAUUUAAUGUGAUCUUUAAAUGAUACAUCAUCAUUCUUCAUAUGAUGAUAUUGACCUUGUUGUGUGUCGCAAGAACUCUGGUGAAGAAACU